UCGUUUUACUCCGGUGUGACCGAAUUGGAUUAUGGGGAAUGCAUGGGGAUGAUUUUCUAUUAUAGUGAUGCUGAGAUCUGGUAACUAGCUUGAUUUUCAAGAUGGCGGAAGCUGUUGGCGGAGUAGUUACUUCAAUCAAAUGGUGUUUUCUCUUGACAUGAUAUCCGUAAACGGUCUCUUGGAAUGGCGCAAAUGGAUGAUCAUUGGGUCCGACUAUUCAAUGUAUCGGACCCGAGACGAGCUUAUGCCGGUCACACUUUGUAUAAAGUCACUUCCAAGGUUUUUCAGAAGGAGUUUCCUGAAGGGGCAACUGAGAUAGCCGUGUGGAGACGUUUCAGUGAUUUUAAGAAGCUGCACCAAGAGCUUUCAAAGAUCUAUGUCCAGAAACAUGCCAAGCAAGAAGAGUUUCCAGCAUUUCCAAAGGCAAAGUUUUUCGGCCGCUUUGAAGAGUCAGUAAUUGAAGAGAGAAGAAAAGCAGCUUUGGAACUUUUGACAUUUGCUGGAAGCAUCCCAGAUCUGUUUACAAGUCAACCAUUUGUUAAGUUCUUUGAGGGGGGAUUCCCUGAUAGCCCAGUUUGCAGUGAUGAUGUCAGAAGCAGAGAAGGCAGUUCAUCUGACACAGAAGGAGAAAGCCUUAGAGGACGUUCUACUGUCAAAGAAUUGGAUGCAAGUAUUGGAAAUAAUGUUGAAAAUGACAGGCAGUCACCAUCGCUUUCCUGUACUGCAAGCAGAGAGAAUGGUGAUAAUCUUGAAGAUUCAUCUACCCUUGGGGGUGUGUGGCUCUAUAAGCAGCCUUCUCUGACUGAAGGUCUCGACAACCUCAGCUCGGAUGAGGAUGAAAAUGAUGAACGUGAAACAGUGCCACCAGCUGGGUGUGAAAGUGGGGGAACUGAUUUAACCAGGCACUCAAAUGGAGAGGCUGCUGAAGACAAUGAAGAUGAGCAUAAUGAUGAUGUUUUUACACAGGAUCCUGAGGAAAGUCUAGAUAAUGAGCUGGACAUAUCUGAGAAGGACGAUCACUCAAGUGCUGAACCUCCUAAUUGGCUUGUCCGAGCAAUUUCAAUUUGCAGUGAAGGAGAGGACUUAGAAAUUCUUGCAUCGGAAGCUGACACUGAUGAGCUUAGCUUUCCUCAAGCAUUUUCUGAGUAUGAUGUGUCAAAGCAAGAAGGAGAUGAAUCUUCCCCCUUCCCCUGUAUGGAUUCUGCAGAUGAUCUUUCUUUGCACCAAAAUAGAGUAGACACUUUUGAAGCUUCCACUGAAAGUUCAGCUUCAGUUGGUUAUGGACAUGAUGAAAAUCAGUGGACUGAAAAAAGUCUUGAAAAGACAUCAGAGUCGAAAAAUUUUGUCGAGAAAACAGAAUCUGCUGAGGCCUCCCCACUAAAGGACUCAAGUUCAGCUGGUACAAUGGAAGAUAAACAGUCAUUCACAAGUUCAAGUGACUCGGUAAAGGGAGUAACACGUCAGAGAACUAUCUCUGAUCUAGCAAAUAUCUACAUUGAUCCUAAAGAGAGCGACUAUUUGUAUGCCGCAGGACACACAAUACACAAGGCAUUAGAUUGUGAAGUAAAUGGCAAAUAUGGAGAGGCAUUCAGCUUGUAUAAGACUUGUGUUGGUCUGCUUCUGAGUGGUGUACAAGGGGAAAAGGAUGUAAAGAGACGAGAGGCAGUGAGACGAAAGACAGCUCAGUAUCUGUUGAAAGCUGAAGCUCUUUACAACACAUACCUUGUUGCAAGUGAGUCUCCAGAGAAAUCGGAGCAGGACUCUUCUCCAUCGCAUACAAGUGACCUAUGCAAAUCAGAUGAGCUGCAAAAAUUCAAGGAGCUCGCACUUGCAGACUUGAAAGUUAUGGGGAUUGUUGGCAAGGUGAUACUGGUCGAGAAUAUUCACAAUGGGGAAACUUUUGUCAUCAAGGCUCUCUGCAAAUCAGGACCAACACGAACACAGCAGAACUCUCAAGGAAGCGAACGUCGAAGAAGGAAAUCUGUGAGACGUCUUUAUGGCAAAUAUCCAAACAUCGUGCGACUUUACAAGUACUUUGAAACUGCAACUGCAAUAUACCUUUUGCUGGAGUAUGCUAGAGGAGGGAGACUGUGGGAUCAUACAUCUUGUUACCAGCGAAACAAGGAGUCUCAUGACUACCUCAUAAGAGAUGCUAACGGAAAAAACUCUGAGCUGAAGAAUUCUGCUUCUGAUGCAAGUGUGACUCAGACUAAAAAUAUUGAUACAAAAAAUGAUCGCCCCACACCUCAAGUUGCGGCAAUACCUUUAGACGGAGAGGAUGUAUCCAAUAAUCUAGCUUUUGGAUCCAGAACUAACAAUUCUGCAACAGUGCAAGACAGUGAGCUUGACACUAAAGUUUCAGCUGCAGCUGCUGUGGAUUGGGAGAAUUACACUGAAGGCCUCAGAACUCCAAUUAAUGGUAACAAUAAUAAGCUAUCAGAGGGGAACCAAGAGGCUCAUAAAAUAAACAAAAACUCUGAUGAUAAAUGCAACAGAGAGGCAACUGAUGUCCGUCCUGAUAACAAGAGCUCACUGUUUGUGAAAUUGGAUGAGUAUUUCUCAUCUGCAGCCCAGUGUGUACCGGAUGAACACAUCAGAGUUUGGGCUGCAGAACUUGUGUUGGCUGUUGCUUACUUGCACACAUCAGGAAUUAUUUGCAGAGAUUUGCAUCCUGAAAAUGUGCUUCUGGAUGAAGAGGGCCAUAUCCUUCUCACAUAUUUUGGUUCAUGGGAAGAAACAGAACAUAUUCCAGAUGAGGAGGCUAUGAAUCACUUUUACUGUGCUCCAGAGAUGUGGCAAGUUGAUGAAGUAACAACUGCAGCUGAUUGGUGGAGUGUUGGAGCUCUACUUUAUGAAAUAAUCACAGGACAGGCGCUCUCAACGGCACAUCCCUGGGGAAUAAAAACUCACACUGAAUUACACUUGCCAAAUAAAAUCUCGCCAGAGGCUAAAUCCCUUCUGAGAGAGCUUCUGAGAGUGUCACCCUCAGAGAGAUUGGGUUCUGGGGUGAAUGGUGUGGAGGAAAUCAAAUCACAUCCUUACUUCAGUGGAGUCAACUGGACAUGGCUAUGCUCGAGAAUUAAUUAAAUCAGAAAAUUUAACCAAUCUUACCAGUGUAUAAAAUUAAUAUGUAAUAAAGAACCAAAUGUUAUAAAUUGACCAUUUGAAUUGAAAAGUGCAAAACAUAUUUUUUAAAACAAUAACUAUAAAGACCAAUGUAAUAUGGUACACCUAACCUUCCACUUCUGUCAACUGGUUAAUGGUACCUUAUUGAAGUCUUUUGAAAACUUGCUGGGCAGGUUCAUGUCAGAUUAAAUGUUUAGGUGGUGAAAUGCAGGACGUCAAUUUUUUUUGCACCCAUGGUUUUAUGGAAAAUCUAUUUGAAGUAGUAAAAUUUAGUGUAGUGCUUAUAAAUAAGUUGAGAGAGCAUUUAAAGACUUUUUGAACUUAUCUUUUCAAUUCAGUGCUUGCUAAACAUGACAGGUGGUGAAGACAACAGAUUGUAUUAUGAUAUCAAAAGCAAGUGUUCACAAUGUGAAGUGCCUAAUAAAAUUUGUUUACUAAAGGUAAAAAUGAAAGAGUAGUUCAUACAGUAUGCGAUUCAGUAUUUUGAUAACAGGGAAGGCCUUCUAUCAUGCUAAAAAUCAAUGUUUAUUCUUAAGGGCCCAGCGCAGAAGUAACCUUUUUCAAUGUUGUCGAUUCCCAUGUUACGAUCUGCUAAUAUCAUUUCAAAACUGUUUCUUAGUCAUCAAAGUAGUAGCCCAUGUAUUGAGGCAAGUGACUGUCUCCUUUCUUUCUCAGUUGGCCUUUUAUCUUAUAUUAAGGGAUUACAAGGACUUCUUUAAAAUUUGUAUCCUACAACGCUAGCAUAACUGAAAAUGUGCACUACACCCUGACCCAUGCCCCCUAUCUAGCUACAGCCUUGACUGUCCUGAGACAAGGACGGUCAAAGUUCCAUCACAUUCCAAAAAACCUAAUAUGUUUUCCCUACUUUAUAACUUCCACACAAAUUAUUUCUCGAAAAGUAGGUGGCUGAGAAUUGAAGUAACCUAGCCAGCGGCCGGCACUUAAUGAGAAACCUAAUCUACCUUGGUUAACGCAAUAAGUCCCCUUGGUAGUGUUACAACAAAAGGGUUUAAUGAAUAGAAAUCUUGUCCUCACCACCCAAAAUGAGUAGCCUUUGUCCAGCAGUCAAAGGCAACAUUUCAAAAUGGCAAAAAUAAUCAUUCUUGCAAUGAACCAGUAACCACCAAGAGCUUGGAAGAGACAUUAAAAAAGCAUGAUUGUCAAGAAGAUUCCUGUUCUUCACUUGUAUCAACUUAAUGUUUAAUAGACAAAAACAUGACACAAUGAGACUAUCAACAGUUGCAACAAUUUUAAUCAGGAAGUUUUUUUCCAAUUUUACAAAGGAUCUCUCCUGUCCAGGCAGCACCUAGCUAAACAAACUUGAAAUAUUCUAGAAUAAUAAUUAUGUUUGUUUUACUUAUAAACCUUACUUUAUUAUUAAAUUCUAGCCUUGCCUGUUGUCUUGUUUUCAGUAGAGUUUAAAAUAUAACAAAGUUAAUAAGU